CGCUCACUAAUGAAGAGCUGGACCACAUUGUAACUGAUGUCCACAGAAGCCACCCAAACACAGGCUACAAGCUAGCGCAUGGUCUUCUGAAAGCCAGAGGUGUACGUGUUCCAAUCUCAAGGUUGAGAGACUCUUUUCGCAGAAUUGAUGCAGAGGGUGUGUGCAUGAGACGUCUACGGUUGCAUACACUAAGACGGCGGCAGUAUUCUGUGCCUGGCCCAAAUUACUUAUGGCACAUUGACGGCCACCAUAAGCUCAUAAGAUGGAGGUUUGUGGUUCAUGGAGGGGUGGAUGGAUUCAGUCGCUUGGUGGUUUAUCUUACUGUGGCUGGCAAUAACAGAGCAAGCACAGUCCUGCAGAGCUUUCUCACAGCUGUGGAUGAGUAUGGAUUGCCAUCAAGGGUACGAUCGGAUAAAGGUGGGGAGAAUGUAGACGUUGCAGAAUUUAUGAUCAGGAGUAGAGGUACCAACAGAAACUCCCACAUCACCGGCAGAAGUGUUCAUAAUCAACGAAUUGAGAGGUUGUGGAGGGAUGUUUAUGAGCAUGCUCUAGACCUCUUCUACCAGAUCUUUGUCUCUCUGGAAGACCAUUCAGCACUUCACCCUGACAAUGAACUCCAUCUAUUUGCCUUGCAUUGGAUCUUCCUACCACAAAUACAGAGGCAUCUCAAGUCUUUCAGAGAUGCUUGGAACUUCCAUGGCCUUAGAACUGAAAGGGGUCAGUCACCACAACAAAUCUGGAGAAGAUACAGAGAGCAAAUCCCCACAGAAGACUCAACCGAGGUUAAUGAAGACUAUGGGAUUGACUGGAAUGGGCCUCACACCCUUCUUGACAACACUGUAUCUGUUCCAGAGAUCCAGCUGCUCCGUGAGCUCACUGACGAUGAACUUGCUUCUUUGCCAGUUCCAGGGGGGCCUUUGGCUUGCACAAUUGGCAUGUACUUAGAGACUGUUCAGAUUUUGUCAAGAAUCAUAGGAGACUGAAAUAAUUUGCUAUAAUUUAUUCUUGUAGCACCUCUAGAACAACAUGCAUUGCAUUUUCAACAACAGUUAAUAAAAAGCAAAACGAUAAACAUUGUGUUUUAACAGCAUGAACUUUGACAUAAUUCUUUGUUUUCUGGAACUAAAAUAAACUACUUUGUUAAACAGCCUGAUUGAUUCUAAACAUGGGUUAAUAUCUUCCUUUUGCAAGCCUAAUCUUGUUGGUCCAGACUAAGGACUUAUCAAUUUGAUCCGAGCCAAAUUACUAGGUGCACAAAGGGUGCCAUUAACCAAGGUCUGGCCCAAAUGACCAAUGUUUGGUCCAACCCAAAGAGGUGGUCUAGGGCCAGAACAACUGGACCAUGGUUGAAUCCAUCUGCAGUGUGAAAAAAACAGAUGUUUUGUGCUUUUGGACUAAUAAGAAGAAGUUGAGACAUGAUAUAAUGCAUUCAAUAACAGCAGUAGAAAAAGAACUGCUGUUCUGUAAUCACCCUCCCUUUUUAGGAACAGAAAUAAAAGUAAUUAGAGGGGAUUCUGCUACCCUCAUUCUGCUGCAGGACGGGCCUGCAGUUGGAUUUAGUACAACACCUGGAACGGUAACACUGCUUAACUGAUAACAUUCUACACAUCAAUCAGUGUUGAGUAUAGGGUAUAGGAGGACUCUGUUCACCUUGGUGAUGAUGAUAGUGUGCAGUAAAGUUGUUUAGUGCGCUCAGUCACUAACUGCAGUGUGAAACAAAAAGUAACCGGACUAAAUACAGUACA